AUGGGAACAACAUCAUCGGCGCAGCGGGGCAGCAAAUGUGCGGGAGAUGCAGUGGCCGAGGAGUCGAAUGGGGCGAAUGAGAUGCCAGCGGACGGGAAUAUCGAUGACAAGUUGCUGCAGAAGAAUGGACAGAUCUCCAGCCUACAUGAAAAGACUGAGGGCCAGGUAGAUGAGUUAAAUGGCCACUGUGAAGAGCAGGUCAAUACAGAGGUUGGCUCUUCAUUCGUGUCGCUGAAAGAAGACAAUAUUGAGUCACUCCAGGGAGACGGGGAGCCACUGGUGAAAGCUGAAAAUGAGAAGGAACAGGCUGUUAGUACACCUGACAUCACACUGAAGGAGGAAAAUGAAGGAGAUGAGAAAAUGGAUGACAUAAAUGAAGUUGGCUUCAAAAAAAUCUUUAGAUUUGUUGGUUUAAAAUUCACUCUGAAAAAAGACAAAUACGAAAAGCCAGAACUAAAGGAAACAUCGACAAGUGAAAAAGAGGAAGGUGUGGUGAGUACCACAGAGGAAUCCAAAGACACUCAAGAGGAAAGUGUUGUGGACACAGAUGAGCAGAAUACAGAGAAGAAAACAUCUGAUGAGCCAGUCUGUGGUGAUGCAAGCCUCAGAUCCGAUGCUGCAGACUUGUCACCAAAGGAAGAUAUUGAAAUAAUCGUGGAUCAAGUCAGUGAGAUAACUGAACCUAACAAAGAAGCAACCUCUGACAAAGGACUCGCUGAAGAGGUAUCAACUAGUCCACAGGUUGAAGAGGCUAUGUCUCCAAUUAAACGAUUUUUCACACAAGGAAUCUUUGCCAGUUUAAAGAAAAAGAAAAGGUCAACUGAAGAGGAACUCUCAAAGGAGAAGUCUCGAGAGGAUGUCAAAACAAUUGACAAAGAAGGGGGUGAGAAAGCGUCAGAGGAAGGUGCAAAAGAUGUAAACAAUCCAUGUGUCUGCCUUGAAACCACUAUACUUCAGGAAGGCACAGAUUCACCAGCAAUGAAAGAAGGUGAUGGGCACAAAACUGCUAUGGAAGGACAAUCCCGACCUGAAUGUGAACUUCUGAGUUCUCAAGAACGAGCUAAAGUCCAAGGAAGCCCACUCAAGAGGCUUUUUAGGAAACUUUCAACACGACGACAAAGAGAAUCAAAGGCGGCUGAGACUAAGGUGACUGAAGCUGAGCAACCACAGGAGACCAAAGAGUUAGGUGAGUGCCUGAAGGUAGAUGAGCCAAAGCCCAGUGAGGGGGAACAGGUGACAGAUGCUGCCCAAGAUGAGCCCAAAAAGAGAUCGGAUUCAUCAGUUUCCUGGGAGGCAUUAAUAUGUGGUGGAUCUGGCAAGAAAAGGGCAAGAAAAACAUCCGAUUCAGAGGAUGAGACAGCCAAUAAGGAGGGGCUGGUGCCAGAAAAACCCAAAGAAUCAUCCCCAGGAAGUUCCUUGGAGGGAGAUUAUGACAAUUUAACUUCUUCCAAUGAACAGCCUGGAAGUCCUCUAGAAGGUGAUGGAGGAUCCACUUGGAAAUCUCUGAAAAAACUUGUUACUCCCAAAAGGAAGGUGAGGGCUGGAGUAAAUGCCUCCACUGAAGAGAUACCCUCAGACAAUGAAACAAGUAAAGAUGAGUCUUCAUUUUCCAUAAAGAAAAUCAUACCUGAACACAAAAAAAGAAAGUCUGAUGAAGCCCGAGAUGAGACUUCCUCUGAUGAGGCCGUUAAAGGUGUUGGAUCAGAGGAUGAGGAUGAUCAAACACCAGCUGUUGUCCCAUUAUCUGAGUAUGAAACAAAUGAGCCUGAAAACAGAAGAGAAGAGUUGACCCUUGAGAUACCAUUGGACAUUUCAAAAGAAAAAGAAAUAAUAGAGGAAAAAGGUUAUCUAUCAAUGUCUGAGGAGGCAAAACCCAUUGAAAACUUAGGCUUAGAGACUUCCAAAGCUCCUUGUGAUGCUGCCCCAUCUGUACCACCUCGAGCCACAGAAGACUUUGAGGAAUUUACAGAAUUCAUUAGCAAACACCAACAACUGAGUGAUAUACCCGAGGAAGGGGUAUUAGAGGAAAGUGCUGUAACCCUGGUAUCUUCUGCUGAAGGAAAUCAGGAUGACACCUUAGCUGAAGAUGUUGUAGAGUUGACAUCUGAUGCGGUUACUGCUCCAGAGCAUGUAGAAGAAGAAUCCCUUGGGGAUGAAACUACAGAAAUGGUUUCUGCUGUCUCUCAGUUAACAGAGUCACCUAAGACUUCAGGUAAUGCAACACCAGUGCCAGCUGAGUAUGUUGAGAGAGAAACCGAGAGUAUUCUGCGGGAAUCUCUGGAAACUAUCUGCAUGGCUUCAGGUUUUCAGUCAGUCACUACAAAAGAUGAGGUUGCAGAUACAACAGCAGUUUUACUUUCUAGACACAUACUGCAUUCAGUUAUAACAGGAGAGAGAAAGGUCUUAGUUGCACAUGAUAAAACAGAUGCAACUGCCAUAUGUACAGGUCUUGUUUCUCAAGAAAUAAGAGGUGUUGAGGAAAUCCACCAUUUGCCCAUGGUGGAGGGUAUCUCUGAAGUAACUGAAAGUAUACCAACAGAACUGGUCUCUGCAGAUGUGGUAGAAGAAUCUGAAGCCGUAAGAGUUUCAGCAGGUGAGGUAUUUACAACUGAGGUCAAAGAAAUAAAGAUUGAUCACCAAGAGACGGUGUCACCCUUGAUUGAAACUGAACAGCAAGCAGUUCCAGAACUGGAGAAAGUGAAAGAGGAAAAAGAAGAAGUUAAUGGGUUACAGAAGAGUAUGCCUGUUCACGUAGCUAUCACCAAUGCAGUGCCAGGUGUGGCUAAUUUUUUUAAGGAACAGGUAGUUUCAGAGGACACGCAUUUGCCUGAGAUUGAGGGUCCAUUAAAACCAGCAACAAAGGAACCAGUCUGUGGACAACCAGCAGUUAUUACUGAAGUUACAGUGGAGGGUGGAAAUGUGCAUGCACUUCCAAACGUUGAAUUAUUAACUGCAGAUGUGGAGCAUGCUGCACCUGCUAAGGUGGUUGAACAUGUUGCACAUGACAUCACAGCCUCAAUACCCGACACUCCCACUGAGAAAUCCUUAGAAAAAUCUGAAGAAUCAAUUGCAGUUGUAGCAUCUGCAGUAGAUCAUCCAGAGCUGAAAGAAACUGUUGGCAUUAUUAGACCAGUCUCAGACUCUGUCACCUCAGAGGCAGUGGAGUCAGUGACAGAGGCUCCUAUGGGAAAAGUGUCUUCAGUGCAUUUUGUGGAAGAUCAUGAAAUCCAGGUAGCAGUCAAAAAUGAGUCACAGACAGCUGGAAUCAUUGUUGAGGGAGUGCUUGAAGUUGCAGCAGGUGAUGACUCUGUGACUGUGGAACAUCCAGAGUUUAAGGAAACAGUCAGCAUUGUUAGGCCAUUUUCUGAUUCAGUCACUUUAGAGGCAGCAGAGACAGUGAUGGAGGUUCUCACUGAAAAAUUGCCUUCAGAGAGCUUUAAUGAUCAGCAAGUCAAAGAUGAGUCACAGACGGCCACAACUACAUCUGAUACAGUGCCUGACGUUGCUUUGGCUGAAGAAGCUGUGAUUAUGGAAUAUCCAGAGAUCAAAGAAACAGUUAGCACUGUUAGGGCAGUUUCUGACUCAGUCACUAUGGAGGCAGUGGGGCCAGUGAGGGAGGUUCUUCUGGAAAAAGCACCUUCAGUGCAUGAUCAGGAAGUCCAGGAUAAGUCACAGACCACUGCAGCCAUUGUUGAGCCACUGCCUGAAGUUGCUUCAGCUCAUGACUCUACGAUUGUAGUGGAUGUCUGUAAGAAAGAGGAGGAAAUUGCUGAGGAGGUUUUGGUGCAACAAGGGACAAAAACAGAGACCGCAAAAGAGAGUAGCAAGGUUUCUGAAGCUGACAAAGUAGAGCCAGAGCCAGAAGUCAUUGAACCCUGCAAGGAGAAAGAGACAUCAGUCCCAGAAGCUUCACUUGAUGCAACUGAUAUCAGUGAUGUAAAGAUGGCAGGUGAGGAACAAGAAACAGCGACGAAAAUGAUGACAGAUCUUUCAGAUGCAGCAGAAGAUGUAACGGUACCUGAUACACAUGUGGAACAAAACAGAACAGAAUAUGUGAAGGAAUCUGUGGAUGGUGGAGUGGGCACAGAAAAGGACUCCGACCUCUCACAAGUACCUGGCAGCUAUGAACAAACUCAGGGGCAGGUGGCCAAGAAGGAAGCUGAGGCUUUAAUCACAACAGAAUGCAGUACAGAACAAGAGAAUCAAGUUUCUGAGACAUGUACAGGGAUUAAUAUUCAAGAAUACGUGGCAGAAACAAUCAAGGAGGAAGAAGCAUCUACAAUAACACAAGAAAUUGAAAGGCCAUCUGCGGUGACUGAAGUGGCUGUAGUAACGCCAGUUGCAACUGAGAAGGUGGAGACUGUGAAUGUUGAACUUACUGGAAGAUCUAAGCAAGAUGCUGAAAUCCUGGAAACGGUCAGUGGAGAAUUGAAAGAGGAAACGCAUGUCAGCGCGGCAGAUACAGCAGAACAUUUGACGGAAAUGGAGGAAGAUGUGUGGGAGGAUGCUGUUGAUGACAUUAACUUCAAAGUUGAUGCACAGGGUCAGGCCAACCAAGAUGAAAAAGAGCUUAAUAUUAAUCAGGAGCUAGAUCUUGAGUUCCAAGAUGCAGCUGAUAAAAAUAUUGAAUCAUGCACCAAAAACACAACAUGCUGA